AGUUGUGUCAGACAGCGCCGGCGCGGCGUUAACUCGUCUCGAACGCGAGCGAAUACCAACUAGGCUAGCAAGACCCUCAUAUGAUCUAUACCUACGUGUGCGACGUGUGUGGAUUUGUACCGUGACCACAACAUUCUUCGGAAGUAGUAUAACUAAUUUAAUAAAUAAUCAAUGCAUAAACAUGUUUAACUAAAAAGUCAGUGUAUGUAUUAUGAUUAUAACAUAAUAUACUAAUUGGGGUGUCUGAGGAUGUGCGUUAAUUACGUUAUAUGUUAUAUAUAUCAUUAUAUCUUAUAUAUCAUUAUACAGGAGUGUUGGCGAUUUAAUUCUUCAAUUUCUCGGAAACGCGUGGCGCGGGGUGGUGGGGGGAUAUGUUGUUAGCUGCGCCGCUUCCUGCAAAUUUAGUCGCCAUGGAGCCGUACACGGGAGUGCAGCGUGCAUUUUGUGUCCGAGCGUAUUACGAAAACAAUAAAUUAGUGAUUACUACACGACGUUUGUAUCGACAUGAGCACGGUUUACGCCAUUUAAGUGAAGUUCCAAGCGCCAAUGUGAUACGGAAAUGGAUCAGAAUGUUCGAAACAACCGGCUCGAGAGUACCAAUUACAGCUCGUGGUCGCCCAGUUUCUGCAAGAUCAGCGGAAAUUGUGGAGCGUGUUCGUGUUUCAGUUCGGCGAAAUCCGCAACAGUCAACACGUAAGAGAAGUCAGUCUUUGGACAUCAAAAGAACGACUUUGCGACGAAUUUUGAAGCGUGAUUUGCAUUUGAAGGCUUAUAAGAUUCAGAUAGUCCAAGAAUUAAAACCAGAUGAUACCAAUAACCGACUUAACUUUGUCAAUUUGAUGCUCGAGCGGUUCAACAAUUUUGACAACGUGAUGUUUAGUGAUGAGGCCAAUCCUUACUGGCCAUGUGAAAAAGCAAAAUUGUAGGUUCUGGUCCGAGACUAAUCCCCGACGUUUGCAUAAACGUUCACUUCACAGCCCUAAGCUUGUCGCGUGGGCUGGGAUAACGUCAACCGGUAUUAUUGAGCCAUACUUUUUUGGGAACGAAAGAGGGCAAGCGAUGACGGUAAUGGCUGAUUUACACAGGGUCAGUAACUGACUACAAAUUCGAGGCAAGUCAGUGCUGACCCGAAAAAAAACUUGUGUAAACUGAUUUGAAGUCAGUACAGUGGCUCUGACUUGAAUAUUCGGACACGAAUAUUUUAAAGUCAGUUGGCGCCCCCCGCCACCCGCGCAUCCCCGCGCCACCCAAAUAAACCCCGUGUAAACAGACAAGUCAGUGCGUGGUUAGUCACUGCCGCUGCGUUGUAGAGUAACCACGUUUUUUUCGCUGGCGAUAAAAAUGACGCGUAAGCUUAGCGAAGACGAAACCUUAAAAUUGGUGCAAUUAUAUGGCGAAAACGAGUGCCUUUGGGAUAUUAAAUCCCUAAAUUACCGCAAUGAAGAAAUGCGGUCAACAGCGUUGCAAAAUAUGGCUCAACAAAUGCAAAUCGGAGGGCUCACUUCUACUGAAGUAAAAAAUAAAAUUAAAGCCAUAAGGGCUACAUAUUAUUUAGAGCUCGACAAGAUACAAAAAUCCACCAGAUCUGGCGCUGGUGGGAACGUAUAUGUACCAAAAGUCAAGUGGUUUCAAGAACUGGACGGCUUUAUAAAAAAUGCUAUUGUAAAAAGGAAAACAAUGGAUAACUCAGGAACCAGCAACGAUGACGUUGAGUUGGGUGAAGCUGAGGGUGUUGGUGACGGAGCUGAAAAUGUAUGAAGAUCUACUGAAAAUAAUGAUAAUUCUACUGAAACGCCAACUCAAGCCAUCCAGACGCCAGUUCGAAAUUCUGUGACAGCUCCCAAUCAAUCUGGGCCUCCGCGAUCAAAACGCUCCAAAAUAUCUCAGAUGGCCGCCAUGAUAAAGGACUUAAAAAGUGUGUCAAAUGAUGUUAAUAUGUCACCAUUUGAAGAAGAGUCUGACGCUGAUAUUUUCGGUAAACAUGUGGCAGCUCAACUAAAAAAACUGUCUGAAGAAGAAUCUGUUAUUGCACAAGAAGAGAUCCAAAAAAUAUUAUCCAAAGCUAGAUUGGCUGAUAUACAACAAAAGAAGUAUACAGAAAAUGCACACUCUUCAUCCCCUAACUAUUUUAUCCCUAGUCCGGCAGCAACUACAACAAGCAGCACAAGUAGCAUGGGAUUUUACUCCCUGGAGCCCAACCCAAUGACUGCAUCAAGCGACAACACCAUAACAUUUUACCCGCCAGAGGUUGCCGAGCCUGCCACUAGCAACAGCUCUUUAGGAUUUCAUUCUUCCGAUCGAUCAACGAACCCUACAUUUGUGAACCCCAGGCAGGUUAUUAUUACACCCUCAGGUUUGAAUUACAGCACCACGAUCAACGAAGAAGCUGAAAGUGAAAAUAACACUGCUGUUAACACGAUUAUGCGUUCCUAUGAAAAUUCUUAAUACUAUUUUGAUGUUGUAUUUCUUAAUUUUCUAAUAAUUUAAUAAUAAAGGUUUUCUUACCU